GACUAUCACUAUCAGAUACUUAUUGGGCUCUCAUCUUUUAUGUUUAUAAGCUCAAGAGAACAAUGGGAAUGGAGGGUUGUAGAGGUUUAAUCUUCACUUGUUGCUUGUUUUUGCUUGCUUUACUAGCAGUAGGUGACAGUCUGCUGCAAGAAAAGAAGGGAAAUUGCAGCUAUGCAAUUACAAUAGAAACAACAUGUACUAAAGGUGCAGAAACAUCAAAUCACAUUAGCUUGAGAUUUGGUGACACAGAAUCAAAUGACAUACUAGUUCAUCACUUGAACAAGAAGCAUCUAAGAAGUUUGGACCCUUUGCAACCACAGGUUCUUGAUGAUAUGCCAAGAAAACCCUUCCAAGCUUGCAUGGUUGAUCAAUUCCGAGUCACUGGACAAUGUGUUGACUCCCCUAUUUGCUACCUAUAUCUAAAAUUGAGUGGAAAAGAUGAUUGGAGACCUGGUUUUGCCCAAAUUAGGGUUUUAGAGGGUCCUCGCCUUAGCUCAGACUAUUUUUAUUUUCGUAGGUUCCUUCCUAGGCAUGUUUGGCAUGGUUUUGAUGUUUGUGACAAGGAGGUCACCCCUUUUGGGAUUAAACAUAAGAGAAAGAUCUUUGUAGGGAAGGAAGCAAACUAAUUAGAUAAUUAUGUCAUGAAAAAUGAAAAUAUUUUGUGGGUUGAAUGCACAUAAAAGAUAAGACGUGUCUAAGUCUGAUAUUAUAAAGUUAUCUAUACACCAAGCCAAUCAAUAAUUACUAUUCCAUUAUUUAAGAAAAAUUAUUAAAAUUUAUUA